ACGAGGAAGCGGGAACUCCUACUGUUCUUCUCCACGGCGGAUCCGGUAAUUAAAUUAACGGGAACGGUAAGUUCCAAAGCUGCAAACAUGUCUGACCAGGAAAAAAUGCUAGUAAGCCUUGCCGAGAGCUUCGUUCAGGAGUAUUAUAACCAGUUUGACAACACCAACCGGAUGGGACUGAGUAACCUUUAUUCAUUUGAUGCUUGUUUGACAUGGGAGGGAUCACCUUUUCAAGGAAAGGAAGCCAUCGCUGGCAAACUAGUAAACCUGCCUUUCAAACGUAUUAAGCACAUUAUCACAAAGCAAGACUUUCAACCAACAGUCGACGGUUGUGUCCUCAUCAUGGUUUUUGGGCAACUACAGAUAGAUGACGAACGGCCGAUGCCUUUCCAUCAAGUGUUCAUGCUGAAGUUUCAGAAUGGUGGGUGGGCGUGCACAAAUGAUGUGUUUCGGCUGGGGCUACACAACAUUCCUGUGUAGAGCUGCACACUUGUGUUCAUUCUGGAGUCUUGGUGAACAGGGAUCCCUCUCUGUCUGUGCUUGCAGGACAUCAAUAAGCACACUGUUGUAAAGAGUAACAUUCCUCUGCAAAUAAAGAAUUCAUUCCUCUGAA